AUGAAUGACCAGCCCACGCGACCAGUUGGUCGGAAAAGGCGUCAUUCGAACGACGCUCUCAAGCGUUCAUCGGUUGCUUGCGACCGAUGCCGCGGCAGGAAGACGAAAUGCGCGGGGACAUAUCCCCAACCCUGUGCUGCAUGCGUAGAUGCUAGACAGGCCUGUGUCUACUCCGACACGGAAAAGCGCGUCACGGUCCCCGAAAGCUACCUACACAAGCUGCAGGCCCACGCUCGGAAGGCGAACUCACAGACCCGGGCCAACGCCGUCACGUCAGCGGAGGAUGCGUCCCAGGAUGUGGACUUUGUGGCCUUUACCGGAACUGACAACUGGGUUUCCGGCGGCCAAGGACAGUACUACUACAUGGGCAAUUCCUCUUCGACGUACAUCGCCAACAGGCUUGUUCCGACCAACGAGGCCCUGACUUGGCAUCUGUACCCGCACUACGACGACGCUUCCUGGCUUCGACGGCCGGUCAACGGGGAAGUGCCGCAGUUGCCUCCGUUCGAGUUUGCGAAGCGCUUGUACUCUGCACAACGCUCCUACAUCGGCACCAUCUUUUCCUUCCUCGACGAUGACGAGUUCUUCCCGCGCUUGGAGCGCGUGUACUCGCGACCUCCGGACCCUGCUGACCAAGAAGCGUGCCUCGUCUGCUGCCAAGUCUUGCUCGUGCUCGCCCUGGGCCAGAUGUACUCUGUCAACCAAUGGACCGGCAAUGAUGGACCUCCGGGCUUCGGUUACUUCAAGUCGGCGUUGAAGUUCCUCCCGGAUAGCCACGAGGACAACUCGAUCCUGUUUGUGGAGGUGCUGAGCUACGUGGGCUACUACAUGCAGACCUUGAAUCGCAGAGACGCCGCCUACCUCUACCUUGGGUUGGCGAUGCGGAUGGCGAUUUCACUGGGGCUGCACCAGGAAAUCACCGAUCAAGAGCUCGACCCCCACGAACGGGAACGCCGACGCCGCGUCUGGUGGUCUACCUAUAGUCUAGACCGGCUGCUCAGCGUAACUUCGGGCCACCCAAUCUCGAUCCAAGACGAUGAUAUCGACGUGCUGCUCCCUAGCCCGACCGAGGGCGAGAAUCCCCACCUGCCGAUGAUCCUCAGAUGUUACACUUCCUUAUCGAAGAUCCUUGGCCGCAUCGGAGAGGAGAUUUAUAGGAGGAAGCAAAAGUCCGGAACGAACCUUGGUGCCUCGGUUCAGAACGUUAUGGACAGUCUCUCCGACUGGUUUCGGCAGAUUCCGCCCGACUCGAGGCUCGAAAUCUCCGACCUGGACAAAGAGGUCCGCCGAGAGCAGGUAUCUCUCUAUCUCUACUACUACCAGUGCAUCAACAUGACCGCCCGACCACUGAUCCUCUACGCGGUCCGCAGGCACAUGGCAACCAUCGCUCAGCGGUCCGCGACGGCGCGAUGGGAGGAUGGCCUGCCGGCAGGCAUGGUGAGUGUAAUUCAGGCUGCUAUUGCUGCUGCGCGCUCGAGCGUUUCCAUCCUGGACAAGGCGACCAAGUUCAAUCUCGUAGCCACGUAUGGUUUCAUCGACGGGGAGCAGGCAUUCUCGUCAGCCCUCCUGCUGGUCAUGGUGAACAUGGCCUUUCCACAUACCGCGAUUGAUGCCUCUGCCAUGGACACUUCACUCCACGUGUUACAAGGCAUGGCCGACAGGGGCAACAGAUAUAUUCGUGCGUGCCAUUCACUUCUGCACAAAAUAAGAGAAAGCAUCAAAUCGAGGCCGCCUUUAGAGGCGCAGCCGGAAAUGACCUCCCAGAACCAACGGCUGCAGCAGGGCAAUGGUCAGCAGCUUUUUCAUCUUCAGCCAGCUGCUUUAGACCCCGUGGCUGCAAACAUGACGGACUUGCCGGAUACAAGUUGGUCCUUGGCCAUGGACGACGACGUUGGUCUGUGGACGGAGGUUCUAGACUCUAUUGGUAUUGAUAUGGAUAGGCACUGGGUGGAGACGGCGCUGAGGGCCGAGGAUCCUCUGAUGAUGGCGAUGAGGAGCACGUAGGGACCGUUUGUGCUCUUUGUAUAGUACUGUGUCAUUAGCUUGGCCGAAUGUUGGCGCCUGGACGCCAUCGGCAGAUGUGACUGUUCUCGACUUCAAAUUUGUGUAUCUCAAUGAACCAAGAUGUCCGGACGGCCAAUUGUGU